UCUUUUUUUAUUCCUAUUAUCGACCGAUUUGAAAUUGAUUGCGAGUCCAAUCGUUGAUUACCGUCGGCAUUACGUUCUUAAAUAUUGUCGUAGUUACGAAAAGCACAAAAUCUUCUUUAGAUUUUUGUGUGCGCUGUCGGCUUUACAUUGGUUGAGUUUCAUCUCACUCGAUUCUUUCCCUUUCGGUUGUUCGUGCAGCAGCGUUCAGUAGCAGUUGAAGCUAGGCAACAACCGAAGCAACAGUGGCAUCAUCAUCAUCAUUUCGGGCAAAAAAAAAUAACAUUUUUUCAGAAUUUAUAACGACAGUGACCAGUGGUGUGGUGUGCGUGUAUGUGUGUGGUGCCAGUGUCGUGCAAAAUAAUUUGAAUUACGAAUCGAAUCAAACGAAAAAAAAUUGAUCGAGAUGCCGUUAUUUGGUAAAAAAGACUCCACCAAAAAAUCGAAACGCGAUUCUCGUGAUCCAGACAAACAGUUUACGAUCGAGGAGAAGUAUAAUCUUAAGGAGUUGUUAGGAACUGGUGCCUUUUCCGAAGUCCGUUUAGCCGAAAGCAAAGAACAUAACAAUCAACUAUACGCUGUAAAAAUAAUUGAUAAAAAAGCGCUCAAAGGAAAAGAAGACUCACUAGAAAAUGAAAUUAGAGUACUUAGAAGAUUAACUCAUCCGAAUAUAGUUCAAUUACUGGAGACCUAUGAAGAUAAAAACAAGGUCUACUUAGUUAUGGAAUUAGUUACCGGCGGCGAACUGUUCGAUCGUAUCGUUGAAAAGGGCUCGUACACGGAAAAGGAUGCAUCCGGUUUGAUUCGGCAAGUUCUUGAGGCUGUGGAUUACAUGCAUGAACAAGGCGUUGUGCAUCGAGACUUAAAGCCGGAAAAUUUGCUGUACUACAGUGCGGAUGAGGACAGUAAGAUAAUGAUAAGUGAUUUUGGUUUAUCAAAAAUGGAAGAUUCUGGCAUAAUGGCCACGGCCUGUGGUACACCCGGUUAUGUUGCGCCCGAAGUAUUGGCACAAAAACCGUACGGUAAAGCGGUCGAUGUCUGGAGCAUAGGUGUUAUAUCGUACAUUUUACUGUGUGGUUAUCCGCCAUUCUAUGAUGAAAAUGAUGCAAAUUUAUUUGCACAAAUUUUGAAAGGUGAAUUUGAAUUCGAUUCACCGUACUGGGAUGAAAUCAGCGAUUCGGCCAAGGAUUUUAUUCAAAAUUUAAUGUGUGUUAAUGUAGAUAAACGUUAUACAUGUAAACAAGCUUUAGCUCAUCCAUGGAUAUCAGGCAAUGAAGCCAGUGACAAGAACAUUCAUGGUACCGUUUCUGAACAGCUUAAGAAAACUUUUGCAAAGUCACGAUGGAAGCAAGCAUAUCACGCCGCAACGGUUAUACGUCAAAUGCAACGAAUGGCUUUAAAUAGCAGCAGCAACAACAGCGGAGGUGGUGGUGGUGCCGGUGGUGCUGGUACCUCUGCAUCAGCAGCUCGUGAUCCAGCUCUUAGUCAAUCACAAUUAUCAACCACACAAAUGACAACAUCGUCGUCAUCGUUACAAUGUUCCAGUGACAGCAGCACUUCGGGAUCGAAUCUUCCGCCAUCGAAUUCUGCGUCGAAAAAAUGAAAACUCGAUUACUUAUAUUAAUACAAUAAUUAACUAUAUGGUUGCUAAAAAAAAAACGUUUGCACUAUACAUUUCUCUCUCUAUCUAUGGCAUAUUUAAAGCAUCCAUCAUUAAUCGAUAAACUAAUUCGUUCGAACAAAACACAUUUAAAUACACCGGCACACACAUCUAUACAAAAAAAAAAAACAAUUGAAUAAUAAUAAUCCAUCUUUACUAUAAAGUGGCCAAUUUUUACUUAAUUCUUACUCUCAAUUCUUUAAAAACAACACCAGCUAACGUGUCAACAUCAAUGAAAUCAACAAAACACACAUAUUAUUCUUUUCUAGCUCAAUUUUUGUGAAAUUGUUGCUAUUCUCUCUUUUCACAUAUAAUCGCAUGUUAUGAAGAAAAAAAAAUUUACACAAAAAAAAAAUAAUAAAAAAAACAAUAAAGUAUAUAUAUAUAUCUAUAAAAAAGUGUCGUGUACUGCAAGCAACUUAAUGAAGAAAAAUAACAACAACCAUAUUAUUUAUGCAAUGGAAAUAGAGGGUGAAAUGUCCAACACUAAAUUAUCGUGAAUAGUAACAAAUAAUAAUCAUUAAAAAAAAGAAUAGAGUAUAAUCGAGCAACAAAAAAAAAAUGUAACAAAUAAAAACCUCUUGCCACCUCCGAUAAUCACAAUAGCGAAUUAAAAUUAACAAACAAAAAAAUGGCCAUAGUUAAAAAUAGCAUCGUUGGGUUUCACAACGGCUGAACGUUGAACUUAAUAUUUACCAGCUAUCAUAAUUAGGGAAUGAACAAGAAAUUUUUAAUUAAUAAUUAACGUAUACACACCCCAAUACACCUACAUUUCACAUAUUAGAGAACAUAAUAUAAAAAGCAACAAAUACAGUGUGAUUAGAUGAAAAUGCCACUUUUUUCCUUCGAUCUACCUCCUCCUUUCUACUAAUACAAUAAUAACAAAUGAAAGAAUUCGCAUUUCCUAUGUCAAAUUAAAAAAAAAAUUGCGACACACAUAAUUAUAAUAUUGUUUGCGUCGCUUGUGCUCACAUUUUCAACCACCGUUUUUUCUUACUUCCAAACGAACGAACGGCUUUACAGAAUUUCGUAGGAGAGACAGGGCAUUUGUGAAAUUAUUGCACGAACAUGCUUUGCGUGUCCGGUUUUUUUUUUCUUCUGCUGACAUGUUUUUCUAUUCCAUAUUCUCUCCUGUUUUUUUGUUUUGUGAUCAGAUUAAGUUGUGUUUCUCGACGGGAGAACGGGAAGCAUGCUCACUAAAAAUUCAGCUAACAUGCAAUGCAUUCAUUUACAAAAAUUCGAUUCGCGACCAAUAACGAUAGUGCUCAAGCACUGGUCAAAUGAAAUAUAAAAUAAACGAAGUCGUCGACGAACAUUUUUUGCCAAUAUAUUUGCUCUAAUACAUCAUACAUUUCUUAAUCACAUCAAUCUAUAAUUUUAUUUCCCGUGAUUUUGAAUGUUCUGUAUGUGCGUUAAUUUGCUCGCUAUAUAUUUUUUGUUACUUUUUUUUUUGUUUUUCACGCCACGUGUACUUCUCAAAUUACACAUAAAUUCAUUUAACUUCCGUUUUUUAUUAUGUUCAUUUUUCCAUCUGCAAAAAUACUAAUCAAACAAAAUGUCAACCUUACAGCAGACACGAAAAAAAAAAAAUGAGAACGCAAAGAACAUUUGCAACAUAAACACCAGAAGCGGAAGCAUAACGAAUAUAUGGAACGGUAUUGUGUUUCAGGCAAAAUUCAUGAAUAUCGCACAGUCAACGAACAAAUCUAAUGAGCGUUAGUCUUACACCGAUAUUCAUAUCUUUAUUAACUCUGUAUCCUUACACACACACAAAAACUAAAACUCCAAGGAGAAAAGAAAAUUACAUUUUAUUGUUGCAUAUUUUAGCACAAAGCAAAUCCUCGUCUUAUUUUGGAUCUAUCACCUUGAUUACCUGUCGUUAUGUCAAAAAAGCCCAACAGACAGUCGAGUUGAAGGGUUGAAAAUUCAACUUUGAGGAAAAAUGAAAUGCAUGAAUUUACAUGAAAAUCGCUUUAAACAUUUUAUUUUUCCAUGAAUUAAAACUUAUUCAAAUCUAUGCUACCUCUUCGCUUUUCUACACUUUUUUCAAAAACUAUUCAAAAUGUUCGAUAAUGAAACAUGACGAUAGCAUUUAUUGCAAGAGACGACGAAAAAAAUUUAUAUGAAAUUGGUCAAGACAGCAAUAAAAUGAUGAUAAACAUAAGUGUGUAUAUAUAAACAUAAAAAAAGUGAAAGUGUUCAACUUAAUGUUUUGUUUUAAUUUCUCCUUUUCUUGCAUUCAGUGUUUGUUUCUACACAGCGUCUUAAUAAUUUCUUUUUUAUGUACUCUAAUAAUAAUAAAUAACAAAAAAAAUGAAAUGCCAUUGUUGAUUAGUUGCAAUCGAAUAAAAGAACAGAAGACCUAACCAUAACAGAUUUUGACGGCAUGAUUGAAAUUGAUGUAAUUUUUCUUUGAUCAGCUCUUAAAAAAAAAAUAUUUUCAUCAUCCAACCGCUAUUCAGUUUCACAAUUGAAAAAAAACAUUUUUCUACAUCUUCAAAAUGAAUCGUAAGAAUUCAAAGCCAUUGUGUGGUAUUAAUUUACAUUAAUCCAUCUUUUCCUUCAAGGUAAAUCAUUUUCUAUUCGCUUUUUAUCGUUCUUAUAUAACAACAGUUCGAAACGGUGGAAGGGGGGGCACAACGAAAAAUGUCUCAUAAAGAGUUUUCGCCUAAAAGAAGUACAAUAUGGCUCUUUUUAUGUGCAUGGUUAGUUUUUUUUUUUCUCUUUCGUUCGUUUCUUACUUCAUAGGACACGCGGUCCCGGCACGCAAUACUUGCUGUGCUUGACGAAAAUACCUCAUUUGUGCAAUAUAAAUCCGACACGAUACUUAGCUUUGAGAAAAGAACGAAAAACGGUGAUACCGUGGUUCAUAAUGCAUAUUGCUUAUUCGAAUACACACUUACAUUCAGAAUAAUAAAAUGGAAAAUACACAAAAGAACACAAAAUUCUUCAUACGGAUAUGUUCGAACAAAAUGCGUGCCGAUUAAUAAAUUAGCUCUUUUGCUCUUUACACUUUUUUGUGAACCAUUAUUUGCUGGUUUUGGAUAUUUUUGUUGUUGUUGUUUUGGAGAAUCGGUUCCGGCUAUAUUAAUAUGCUAUUUAAUAAGAAAAAUCUAUUCUAAAACUGAAACUUAUUAUAAAAGAUAUUUCAUUUUUAUUUUAUUUUCUCUCAACUAAAAUGGCAAUAGACAAAUCACACAUCCAGUUAAAUUAUUAGAGUUAAUGAAGAAUGAUAUUACAAAAAAAAUGUUGCUAAAUGUGCUCAGUACAAAGCAUAGUGGACAUUUUUUUUUUAAAUUCUAUUGCAUUCAGAAUGUAGACGGAAUAAACUGCUGACUUUUAACAUAAAAUACACAAAAUAAAUAUGCAUAAUUUCCAUUCUAUUCAAAAUUGAACUAUGAGAGACAAAUUGUGAAACGUUAGAAGCAUAUAUGUAUAAAAUAAAAGAACAUUUAGAUAAAUUAUAUUACAAAAACUAAAUUGAGAAUAUGAAAAGAUUUAAUUUAAGAGGGAACUAUAAAAAUAAUCAUAGCUUUUAUUUUUUUAGGGAAAAAAGAACAACAACGGAUGCAUUUUUAACAUAGCAAACGCAUUUCAUUGAAUUUGUGUUGUUUCCACGAGGCAGUGGUUUUCUUUUUGUUGAUAAAUAUGUAAACUAUUUGUUUCACACGGUGAAAAUGAAAUGCAAAAACCAAAAAUCCGAGUCACAUUUUAUGUUACAUCAAAGAAAAAAUAACAUGCUCUCUAUUAGUCUUCAUUGUUUUUGUACGAUUUCAUUAUUUGAGUGUAUGUGAAUUUUGGGUGGAGAUUAUUUAAGCUUAUGGCAAGAGAUUUUAAAAGAAUAGAAGAUUGUGUAAAUGUACGGUUCAUCAUUUUAAAUGAAUUAAAUGAACCGAAGAAAUGUAAACAAAUAUUAAUUAGAAAAAAAAUCACAUUUUAAAAACAAGGAUUAAAAAAAAACAUCACGAUAAACGUGUACUUAUGUUAUUUACUUAAACACAUUGUCACGACUUUUCAUUUCUUUCUCCGUUUUUUGUUUCCUUUCAAUUUCAAUAACAAUGUACAAUACGAUUUACUCCCCUUUAUUAUUCAUAUUUCUCCGAAAAUACAUAAAAUACAUUCUGUAUUAACUAUGUAUUCGGCACUCGUUUAAAGCCAAUACGACUUUUACUAGAAGAAUUCACGCUUCGUGUACACUCGGCACAUCUUCGCUGCUUCGGCGAAUAUCAGCAGUAGAAUUCACUGCGAUAUGGUCAAAAAACAUCAAGCAGCCAUAUGUAAAUGUGUCAUUCUCUUUUGCGCGAACUUUCUUUGACUGUGAGCAAACACAUGCAUUAGAGCAUUAGAUGCACGACAGUGAACUCAACGGCUGAUAUUCCGUAAAUCAUUACUGAAUACGUUCUGAUACGCGUUACUGAAUUCGUAUUGUCUUUAAACGAGAAAUGGAAUAAUAUUCCUAUUUACAUAUGGUAUCAAACAAUUUUCUUCUUAAUUCAAAAAAACUCUGCAAAACAAAUAAUGUCGAGAAACAAAAUGCCAUUUCAACCAAAAUGAAACCCAUAUUGUUUGAUAGAAAAUGGAUUAAGGUUACCAAAACAACAAAGAAAAUGAAUUAAAUAGAGAUAUUUACAUUGCCAAAUGGUUUUGCGUAUUGUUAUUUAAAAUGCGCGAAAAAGUUUAAAUAAAAUGGAAAUGAUUAUAUCUAUAAAUAUAUAUUGAGAUAGGUGAGAAGAUAAAUAAAAGAAUAAAUUCAACGAUUAUGUCGGCCAUAUUUAAAACAAAAAAAAAUAAAAUAAAAUAAAUAAAUGAAUAAUAACUGAUAAGUGAAGCAAGUAAAUUUAACAGAGAAACAAAGAUAUUAAUUUAAAAAAAAUAUUAUGUCUAUCCAAAAUUUAUCCCAGUGUUAUCAAAAAGAAGAUUUUUUUAAAUAAAAACAAAUGUAUCUUA